CAAUAUCUUGCAUAGUGCAACACAUUGGCAAAGAAAAUAACAUGGUAUCAUAGGAUUCAAAAGGCCGCCGGAGAAAAAAGAGGAGAGAGAGUGUGUGUGUGUGAGUGAAACGAAGAAAGGAAAAUGGAAGCAAUUGUGGUAGACGCAGGAUCGAAGCUUCUCAAGGCAGGCUUCGCCAUUCCCGAUCAACCUCCUUCUGUGAUCAUGCCCACGCAAAUGAAGUGUGUGCCAGAAGAGGAAUCUUCAGAUGAUUCUACGUUGUUAGAGGCAAUUACUGUUGAACCUAUUGUGCGCGGUUAUGUCAGUGAUUGGGAUGCGAUGGAAGAUUUAUUGCACCAUCUUGUGUAUACAAGCCUUGGAUGGGAAAUUGGCAACGAAGGCCAUAUAUUAUUUGCUGAUCCACUAUUAACUCCCAAGGCUGUGAGAGAACGGUUGGUUCAAUUGAUGUUUGAAAAAUUCAAUGUAUCAGGAUUCUAUGCUACAGAGCAAGCUGUAUUAUCACUCUAUGCAGCUGGGCGUAUUUCUGGUUGCUCUGUUGAUAUUGGUCAUGGAAAGAUAGAUAUUGCUCCAGUGAUUGAAGGAGCUGUUCAGCAUAUUGCCUCCAGAAGAUUUGAAAUUGGGGGUGCCGAUCUAACUAAGCUGCUUGUCGAGGAACUUAGGAAGUCUAAUCCACUGGUGAAUCUCCAGAUCCAGGAUGUUGAGAAACUUAAAGAGCAAUAUGCGAGUUGUGCUGAAGAUGAACUUGCCUACGAGAAAAUCCAGCAAUCAUGCCCCAAUGAAGAGCAUAUGCUGCCUGAUGGCCAGGUAAUAACAAUUGGAAAAGAAAGAUAUGCUGUGGGUGAGGCUCUGUUCCAGCCUUCUAUAUUGGGUUUAGAGGCACAUGGUAUUGUUGAGCAGCUUGUUCGUUGUAUAUCAACUGUACCAUCCGAGAAUCACCGACAGCUGCUGGAGAGCACUGUACUAUGUGGUGCCACAGCCUCCAUGACUGGUUUUGAGAGCAGGUUUCAGAAAGAAGCUAAUAUGAGCUCAUCUGCUAUUCAUCCUUCAGUAGUGAAGCCUCCAGAAUACAUGCCAGAGAAUUUGUCUCAGUAUUCGGCAUGGGUAGGUGGUGCAAUACUUGCGAAAGUUGUCUUCCCUCAGAAUCAGCAUGUAACCAAGGCAGACUACGAUGAAAACGGGCCAUCGGUUGUUCACAGGAAAUGUUUCUGACAAAUAUCUCCCGCUUCAGUUUUGGUACCUUGUUUACCCUUGACAAAUAUCAACUAACACUAACAAAGGCAAUAGAGACCCAAGAGUGAUCGGAUUGUUGAGUCAAUUCACAAUGGCAUAUCUAAGUUUAACAUGUAGGGACUUUUGAAGUAUUUCGUGACUAAAUAGGAAAAAAAGUCAUGUACCCUUGAAUCCACGCACUGCGAUGGUUACAUCCGAACUUUUUCGGGAAGAAGAAGUUGGUAAGGAUUGAAUAUCUGUAAGAAGUUAAGCACACAUGUUUCAGUAAUUGGUAGAUGUUAUCUAAGCUAUGUAGAUUGUUUUUAGUCCUUGUGUAUUAAUCAUUUCUUGAGGUGUAAGGUGACAGUAACUUACAUCUCCUAUCAUAUGUUUGCAAUUGAUUUUGUGGCGAAAGAUCUAUUAAAAUUCA